GCGCCGUCGUGAAUGGACUAGAUGUUUACUAUAUUUUUGUUAUUAAACCAGAACCCAUUGUGUAAAAUAUAUGAGUAUUGUUAAUGUUGGGCCGUUAGGCAGGUUCGAUAAACUUUUCACAAAAGAUCUGCUUCAGGUGACGCUGCGUUCAUAGCACGCUUUGGACGUAUUUCCAUCCACACGUUUCUACGGUACGAAAACUUAACACCAGAGUUCUGGCUAGGAAUCGAGUUGUGUGUGUCUACCUGUACCUCCAUUGUGUCAUACUUUAUUUGUUUUACGUAUUAGUAGUACAGUGCAACAUCGUAUACCAGAUAAACCCUAACCAGCGUUAAUUUGUGUUCAAACUGGACAAGCUUCAAAAACGUCCUCCGGUUGACGUUAAAGUGACCAACAUCAGCUCGAUUAGUGCGUUGAAUGACGAUUGUAACUACAAAAAGUAUCGCAUUUACUCAGUCAAUAGGUUGUGUGGAGCUAACCUCCGAUCAACGCUCAAUUUUUAUGCUAAAAAGUCUGUAGCCCCUAGGGUUCGUUUCAUAACUCACAAUUGUACAGCGUCUGAUUAACAAGAUCAGAAAGCAACGCAUUUCGCUUUUAAGACCGGUUUAACUCGAUCUAAAUACGUUCUUUCAAGAGAAACGGAAGUGUUGUCAAAACUCUCAAGGAGUGUCAAUUUAUUGACCAUACACCAGCGGGUAUAAGCUAGCAGCGCACUCACACCUGUUGACAGGAGUUACGUGCUCCGUGAACAAAGGUAAGCCGACGGAGAAGGCGAAUGUUCGACGUGAUGCACGCUUUGUAGCGUGCGUCCCCAUCCAUGGCCGCUAGGAGCUCAUCGGAGUGUUUCGCGCUUGACGAGCUUGGAUAAGCUAGAUUCCAGAGCUCUCUGGUAAAAUCUGGCACUUGUUGUUUGUAUAGCUGUUGCCACCUGCGGGCAAAACGAAAACACGAUACGUGGACUUUAGUGGACAACGGAUGAGUUGGCUUGCUCGCUACAAAUAAAAACACAGAGAGGCAGCAGGUAUCCACCUACCACUUGAAUGUAGCAAUUGGUCGUGAACAAACAAUACGUUAAGUGUAAAUCGGUCGAUUUUUGGACGAAUACUCGACGUCGUAAGACCGAUCCUCAUCAAGCUCUACCUAUCGAAUUCGACUAGUAGUUUGUAUUGUGCAUCCUGAACUGCUCACUCAGACAUUUGGAACAGUUCAAAAAUUUGACCCAAUCUGAUAUCAAAAUAAGUGCCCAUGUUCUCGACGCAACUCUAACUAUUUCAACUCCAAGCGAUUCAAAUUUAUAUAGGUGUUUUAAAAUAAGAAGACUACCCGAAACCGUUAAGAGGUUGAUCUGUGCUAAUAAAAGCGCAACACGGUACGUAAUCAACACUUGAGCUGCAACAAGGUCCUUCUAGGGCUUAUACCAAGCCUCUCCAUGGACACUAAGGACGCAGAUCUGGUGCCGCUUCGAAAUCGAGGCUCAGGUAAUAAUAACUCUGGAAGUUCCGACGGAUCUCCGCGCGCUGGCUCUGGGCUUGACUUACUUGAAAUUACCAACGAUACACCAAGCGGGGGUAGGCUCAGCCUUCAACUAAACGAGGCUGGAGGACCCCAUAGCCGUACGAGGGCGUAUGGCCUUCCCGGACACCAGGCAAAAGACGUCGAAGGUAGUUCGCCGGACGAUGGAGCUGACGUGCCGCUCCUUCCUUCUUCGUACGAGGAGAGCGAACAAACGACGGUCAAUUUAGGAGGACCUCGUCAAUGUCAGGCUUCUAUCACCGAAGACAAGACUGGCGCCUCAGGCAAUCGAUCUUCAGAAAAACGACCGUCGUUACUGAAGAAAGCUAAAGAGCCACCAGGUGGCUUACCGGUACAAGACUUCCAUCGUGUGGACACCGGCGAUGAGCCACUUACGUCCCCUGAACCCCGAUCCCGAAACCCCCUGGACGAACAUCCUAAGGUCGGCUUCAUUAUCGGCGAUGAGGAAAGUCAUCCUGGCGGCCGCGAGCGAAAGGAUAAGCUUCGUGAGCAUACUCGAGACAGACACGCAUCGGGGCGUCCUCAUCGUUUUCACGCUUAUCACCAGCCCUCGCGGGAUGGACACAGGGAUUCGCAGAACAACGACAACUCCUACAAUCCCGCUAAUAGGUAUCGGCUGGAUGACGAGUUUGGUGGAUUACUAUCUAGUAUCGAUCAGGAAGAUCUACUUAGCCAUCGGUUCGAGGACCCUCGUGGUUUCAGGAGACACAUAAUCCACCGAGCAGUGCCCCAGAGGGCGCCAUCUAAAGAUCUCAAGGAUAUCGAUAAAGACGAUAAGGCGACCCAGGGUAGCGAUGGAAACGCCUGUCAUCCACAAGUCGUUGCCAAAAAGCAAUACGAUCAUACUCCUCAUGAGGUAUUCGUUGAAUUAGCUGAAUUAGUGUCGAAUCAAUGGAAGGAAACGGCACGAUGGAUUAAAUAUGAAGAAAAUGUGGAACAAGAUGUUGACAGGUGGGGCGCUCCUCACGUGGCUUCGCUAUCGUUUAAUGACCUCGGAGUACUGAAAAAAUGCUUGGGAAAAGCGGUGGUUCUAUUGGAUCUCGAAGAGAAGGACCUUUCAGGAAUAUGCAAUCGCAUUGUGGAUGCAAUGGUCGAGGAUGGACAGAUCAGCUCUGAUAAUCGGGCCGUCGUGUUCAGAGCUCUCCUUCAAAGUCAUCAUCACGUAGGCGAGGAGCCACCAGGACCCCUAAAGUUUCUUAGAAGAAGCUCGUUACUUGGAAGUGGAUAUUUCCGUCAAAACUCUUCAACGACAUCGCUGCAUAGUUCGACUCCGUUGUCGACCGAAGCGCUUCGAUCGGCGAGUGUUGUCUACGGACUGACCGCAGUUAGUGGGAAUAGCGACGACCCACAAAGGAAUUUUUCAAUGCCUGCCAUGCCCUUUGUUUCGGCCGCGGUGUCUAAUCACAACGAGAAUAGCAGCAAACAGAAUCUAGACGGCGUCAAAAACUCCUUCUCUCAUCAUGAAAUUUCGGCCAGCAUUUCCCUAUCAGAAGCAGGACAGGAUCUUCGUAUUAACAUUCCGGUCGCGGAGGACAAAGCUGACCUGAAAAGCAAGGAGAAAGAAUCAGUGGAAAAGGCCAACAAAGACAAUAAGGAAAACAAACAAAAAUCACUGAGCAGUGGCCGACCUGCCUUCACCCGAAACAACUCCUCGCAUUCCGUCAGCUCACAGGAAAUGGAUGGACAUCACCAACAAGCUAUACUAAAGCGGAUCCCGGAAGAUUCUGAGGGUAUCAGCGUAAUGGUGGCUGGUCUACGUUCGCUCGAAAAGACAACGGUUGCAUUUGUGAGAUUGGCCGAUUCUCAGGUGUUGCCUAACGUCAUUGAGGUGCCUCUUCCUGUCAGAUUUUUGUUCGUGUGUUUGGGACCUGAGGAGAAUGACAUAGACUACCAUGAGAUCGGAAGAUGUAUAUCCACCCUUAUGUCAAACAAGAAUUUUCACGAGGCAGCAUACGCCGCCGAAGGACGAGCUGACCUCUUGAAGGCCUUUAAUCAGUUUCUGGGUGAAACAAUAGUACUUCCACCUGGUGACUACGACAAUAAGGCACUCCUUCCCGUCGAAGAACUGCGCAAAAAAUCUGAACAUAUCCGAAGGAGAAGGGAGCGCAUGAAACGGCUGUCGAAGAAGCAAAGCUACAAAGACGACAAAACGGCCGCUCGAUACGGGCAGGAUCCGAGCGUUUAUUUCAACUAUGUUAACGCGUUAGACAGCGCUAAAAAGGGCGGAGAUGAUUUUGCCCCGCUACGUAGAACCGGACGGCUCUUUGGUGGUUUACGAAAUGAAAUUUCGAAAAGAUACCCGCAGUACUUGUCCGAUCUAACAGACGGCUUCAACGGUCAGUGCCUCGCUACGGCUAUUUUCAUCUACUUCGCAGCCCUGGCUGGUGCAAUAACGUUCGGUGGACUGCUGGGUGACAAAACGGAAAAUUUGAUCGGAGUCUCCGAGACGUUGCUGGUGACCUUUGCCGGCGGAGUCUUUUUUGGGAUGUUGGCCGGACAGCCUUUGAUUAUCGUAGGCAUAACCGGACCGGUGCUUCUAUUCGAUGAACUUCUUUACAAUUUCUGUAAGGAGCACACGAUCGAUUUCCUCGGCGUUCGGGUGUGGAUUGCAGCCUGGUGCGCCCUUAUCGGCCUAUUGGUAUGCGCGUUCGAGAUGUCGACAUUCGUCUGUUAUUUUACGCGGUUUACUCAAGAGAUAUUUUCAGCGCUAAUUUCACUUCUGUAUCUCUACGAGUCUCUCAAUAAACUCCGCAUCAUCUUCGUGAAUAACCCCCUGCUGUCGGUCGAUGAAUACAUUUAUAUACAUCGUCAUGGUCCGGAAUUGUUAACUCCUUUCACGACAGUUGUCGCCCCGUCUAUAGCUGCCUUAACAAAUCCCGUAAAUAACAGUGAUACAGUCACCAUCUUGGGUUUACCCCAGGACCCAAGUCCAGUCAGUGUAGCUGGAUCGACCGGCAGUAAUCAUAGCGUUCUGGCAGCCGUAUCACAGUUGGCGUAUUCGAGCUCUUCACGAGUAAGCUACAAUCAGCCGAAUACGGCCCUGAUGAGUCUCGUGCUCAUGUUUUCCACGUUCCUAAUCGCGGACUUCUUCCGCCGCUUCAAGACCUCUAAGUUCCUGUCGCGGCCGAUCCGCGUCACGAUGGGUGACUUCGCUAUGCCAAUCGCCAUUGUAACAGUUGUCGCAGUCGACUACAUAGUUCCUAACGUCUACACACAGAAGCUGUCGGUUCCUGAUGGUCUAUCAACGUCGACUCCGACACGCGGUUGGCUGAUUAGCCCAUGGGGCCGAUUUUCGCCGCUGCAGACGUGGCAUAUUGGCGUGGGCGCCCUUGGAGGGCUCCUUGUCUUCAUACUUCUUUUCUUAGAAGUCGAAAUUUGUCAGUUAAUAAUGUCCAAGAAAGAACGGAAGACGCACAAGGGAACAGGCUUUCACCUGGAUCUUCUACUUAUUUGCUUCAUGGAAUUGGGAUGUGCCUUUACCGGAGGUCCUUGGCUUUGUGCCGCUACAGUGCGGUGUGUCUCGCAUCUUUGUGCCCUUACCGUGAUGAGCUCCCGAGUGGCUCCUGGCGAAACGCCCCAGGUCGAGGGUGUCCGGGAGCAGCGGGUUACUGCUGUCCUCGUAUCUCUGCUGAUUGGUUUAUCGGUGCUCAUGGGCCCAAUGUUGCGACAAGUACCCGUUGCCGUUCUCUUCGGGGUCUUCCUUUACAUGGGGUAUACUUCCAUGAUGGGCAUUCAGUUUUUUGAGCGAGUGAUCUUACUUCUUAAGCCGACGAAGUAUUUUCCGCCGGUUCCCUAUGCCCAGAAGGUCCGGGCCCUCAAGAUGCACGGAUUCACCCUUUUACAAAUUCUAUGUCUAACACUUUUAUGGUUUGUGAAGCAGAGUUCGUUUGCUCUGGCGUUCCCAUUUGUUCUUCUUUGUAUGAUUCCGAUCCGGCUAUCACUCAAGUGGCUCUUUACCGAACGGGAGCUACAGCUGCUGGAUGGUGAGGGUCCUGUACAAGAUCCACCUGAAGACGAAUCUCUUCGCCUGUGAUACAUAAGCAUCAUUUGAAUAGAUUAAACGGAUCAAUGUUAGCUGAAUAUUAGCUGCAGCCUCAUCAGACAGACGAAGCAGCGUUAGCUUAUUUGAUUCUUCAUUAUACUGACGAAAAUUCCGCUACUUUUUGAACGGGUAAAUUAAGUUAAUGUAAAGUUGUAGGUAAAAGUUGCUAGCCUUAUGGUCGUUUCCCAGACGCACAUAGAAACGCUAGCGCAACAAAAUAACAGGAACGAAGUUACACUUUCUAUUUUGCGACAGUCUUUUUAACACUUGGGAGUAACGAGUAACCAAACAGUAAUUGAGUAUAGCCCUAUCCUUAUAUCAUUAGCGUACAUAUCCGAUAAUUGUAAGUUAUGUGAACUCCAUAGGGAAAUUCUCGGCAACAGGUCUAACAAAAGUCGUGAAACAACCAUUCUGUGACUUGAUUGAUAAUUGCAAGAUAGCUUCCCAUGCAAAAAGGGCCUGUGCCCGUUAUGGUAUACGCUGCCACCACAGAAACAAUCAAAACCAGAUCUAUUUAACUAAAUCUAAAAAUGCAACUCAAGUCUUCUAAUGUUUAAUUUUUCUAUAAUAAAAAAUCGAUUUUUUUCGUCUUGGACUAAAUGGAUUUAGGCCCUUUUGCACUGAAAUCUUUCAUAUAUAUAUAUAUAUAUAUAUAUAUAUAUAUAUAUAUAUAUAUAUAUAUUCGUGGAUAUGCAAACGCGUUAUCUUGUUUCUGUUAGGGAAGCAUAAGAAAACUUUUGCGGUUUAACUUGUAGUGGUGCUACUCUAUAAACAUUACUAGUACUUACCACGGAAUAGACACGGAACUUUUAUUAAAAACCGUUGUGGACGUCUACGGCAAACUAAUAUACUAUAUAUAUAUGGCGUAUUAGUUUCUACGUAGACAUGCAGAUUGUCAUAUUUAUAUAUAGUAGUGUUGUUGCAUAGAAGCAUUACUAUAUAAAAAUGUAGAUAAAGGCUCCAAUAAUGUUUAUCCAGAUGCGAAGAAAUUGUCAAAAUAAAUAACGUUCGUCUACCAUAUUUCAUUGGCGGUGUGUUAUAUAUAUGUACGAGAUUUACCGAUGUGUAGAACACCAACAGACAAUCUGACUUCGUUAAAGUUAAUAGUUACAUAGUAGUGCGUAGAAUUUAGUAAAUUAUAUGAAGAAUAUAAUUAACAGAAUGAUUGAGAGCUUGUUCAACUAUGGGAACUGUCCUGCGAGUAAGCCGUCUUAAGAUAAAUUCAGACAGUUAUUAUAGAUCAUAUAAAAACUAUAAUGAAAUAUAAAUGAAUUUUGUCUCGCCCUCACUGAGUAUCGAAUAAAGUAUAUUUGCAUAAUAUAAUUACUCUGUGUAAUGUUAAAUUUGAUGAAAAUUACAAGUACAUGCAUAUAUAUGCCUACUGACAUAAAUAUCAAUCCUUUACUAGGGCAUCGGUGAUGAUCGUAGAGAUAGCUGAAAUACCUCUUACAGGAUAACCUUGUGGAGCCUAACAUAAGGAAUGAACGGCCUGAAGGAAGACCUUGGACGGAUCCCAUAAAAGGGUGACUCAGGUUCCUUACAGAGAAUCUGAUAAUUGUCAAUCCAUUCUGGAAAUAGAAUUCCUUCUAUCCUCCUUACCAUGAAUAAGAAAAUAGUUAUAUACUCUCGUGGGAACUGAGCGAGACUUCGCGUCAUGCCCAAAGCGAUCGUCGCGUAACCGAUCGCCAAGUUCAUACUUACUACACCAUGUGCAUAAAUCGCACACUACAUAUUCUAUAAAUUACAUGUUUCUGUAUUAUGUAAUAUUGUC